GAGAGUGGAGUGAAAUGGCAGAGGCUAGAGUAUCUGUGGAUCUGGAUCAGUUUAACUGUCCUAUCUGCCUGGAUCUGCUGAGGGAUCCGAUCUCUGUUAACUGUGGACACAGUUUCUGCAUGUCCUGCAUCAAGACAAAGUGGGAUCAGGAUGAUCAGAGAGGAGUCUACAGCUGUCCUUUGUGCAGAGAGAACUUCACCCCAAGGCCAGUUUUGGGUCGAAACCCCAUGUUGGCUGCAAUGGUGGAGAAGCUGAAGAAGGCAAACGUUGCUGAGGAAAGCCUCGCUGGCCCUGGAGAUGUGGAGUGUGACGUCUGCGUUUGGCAGAAACACAAAGCAGUCAAGACCUGCCUGGUGUGCCUCGCCUCUUACUGCGGGACUCACUUCAGACUUCACAAUGAGCUGAACCCAGGAAAUAAACACAAAGUGAUCGAUGCGGCAGGAAAACUUACAGACAGGGUUUGCCUGGAUCAUAACAAACUCAAGGAGGUUUUUUGCCGCACUGAGCAGUGUUUAUUGUGCCAUGAGUGUGCAAUGUUUCAUUGUAAGGGCCAUGAGACCAGCACAGUUAAAAGGGAAAGAUCAUUAAGACAGUUAAGACUUAGAAUCAUGCAGGCGCAGCUUCACCAAAGAGCUCAAGAAAUGGAGACUAGACAGAAUGACCUAAGGAAAGCAAUACAGUCAAUCAAGUCUUCAGCAAAGACAUUAAUGGAUCAAAGCGAGACAACAGCACAUUCUGCAUGACAAUGUCAGGCAAAAUAUCCAGAUCAGUGAAAACAGGUCCUGUUGUUCAGACGUCUUUUCCAGUGAUCAGAGAGGAUUUUCUUCAAUAUUCAUGUCAGCUAACUGUGGAUGACUCAACAAUACACAACAACCUCCAGCUCUCAGAGGGCAAGAGCCAGAUAACAUACUGUGAAACAGAGCAAGGAUAUCCAGGUUUUGACAAAUAUUUAAAGCACUUGCAGGCUGUCUGUGGACAAGUUACAGGAAGGUGCUACUGGGAAGCUGAGUGGGGCGGCCAAAUGGUGUAUAUAGCAGUCACUUACAUUAAAGAAUGGACAUUGGAAACAUGCAGUCCUGAAGGUGGUUUUGGACACAUGAUUAUUCAUGGAGUUUGUGCUGUACACCCUCUCAAUGUUCCUACUGGCAUGACGAUAAGAAGACAGUCAUUCCACACCCAGUCCCUUCCAGAGUGGGUGUGUAUCUUGAUAAACAAGCAGGAAUUCUGGCCUUUUAUAAUGUUACUGAUGAGAUGACUCUGCUCUACAGAGUCCAGACCACAUUCACUGAGCCUGUCUACCCUGGAUUUUGGGUUUUUCAUGGCUCAAAUGUGAAGCUAUGUGAGCACAUCAAGAAAGUGCCCGCAGCAUCUCGUGGCGCUCAACAAGGCGCUCAACGAGGCGCUCAACGAGGUGCUCAACGAGGCGCUCAACGAGGCGCUCAACGAGGCGCUCAACGAGGCGCUCAACGAGGCGCUCAACGAGGCGCUCAACAAGCUGGCAACGACUUUUCUUUCAAAAAUACAUUUUGGUUCAGCUACCAUCCUAAGUGACAUUAAACACUGUUAUAGUAUGAACACGUAAAGCUGUUGUUUUCUAGGAAUUAUUUCCCCACAAAUAACCUCUCUGUAGUUUAGAACCCUAGUAUAAAUGAAUGUCCAAGAGUGAUUGUAUGAAAUUAUUUUGGUGUUGCUCAAAUAACUUCAAAUAAUGUGUGUUCUCACUCAAAAUUGUUAUUAAACUCUUUAUAGAAAAACAGCACAUUUAAUGAUUUCCAGUCACAAAAUUUGCCUCAUUUCUCCUGUUUCAGGAACAAUUUUAGUAGAAAAAUUGUAUUUGAUCCUGGCUCAUUAUUAUUUGUCUUUAAAGCCACCAGUAUGGAGUCACUCUAUUAGAGAUGAUAUGGAACAGAGGCUGAAAAAUAUCCCUUUCUCUGAAAUCUCAGUGCUGGGAAGUUUUAGUUACUUUUCUUUCAAAGGGCCUACAAUGUAGAAAAACAACAUUUUUGAUUAAUUAAUUAUUAAUUAUGCUUAAAAACGGACAGUUCUCUUCGCAGUCCAUACAGGCCAUAUAAACAAACUAAGCUGCAAAACCAGCUCAUUUUUAACUUGUUGUUUUUAUGAUGUCAGGAAAACCAGUGCCUUUACAUGUGUUUUAGCCUUUGGAAUCAGGAACAAUACAAAGCUGCCAGUCAGAACAGCUCACUUACAUAUAUCAGUUUUAAAGACACAAUAUUCCAAGGGAGAACGUUUGGAAAAUGUCCAUGUAAAAAUGAAUUACAUUGUUUUUAGCAGUUUGCCAAGUCGGUUAUUAAAGCUGCACUUUUACGAAAAGCAUGUUUACUGUGUUUUCAGGCUAUUUACUUCAUGUAAAUGAUAUUUUUGAUUGCAAAUAUGUGUGCAUUUGUGAGAUCCUGCAUUUUUGUCCCCUCCUCCAAGCCAGCUGCAUGGAAGGUCAGGUUCAUGUAACAGUAGGGGGAAAGUUAGGUUUUGGAAGUUAUUGAAAUAAGAGUAAUUUUACUUGAGGAAGGUUUUAGGUUAUUCUGCUGUUGCGUACAGUCAAAUGCUUUUCAUUAUAUAUCCUGUCUAAAAUGCAAGUUUAAGAUUUGAUCUUACUGUUGAUUUAUCAAGAAAUGAGUGCAACAUGGUGGGAAAUGUGAAUUACCUCAAUCUAUAAAGGUUGAAUAGGAACAUGAAGAAGGCUGAAAAAGUCCUGUCUGAGUCAAUAAAUCCAUCCAUGGAUCUACUAUAAAAAUCAGUUUUGAUGUUAAUAGCUAUUAGAAUUAGCUGUUAUUGACUAGAGGGAGGGUCGUCAUUAACUCUUGGACAUACUCUGAUGUGAAACCCUUAUGGUUGGAGACAAAAUGAGGGAGGAUGGGAGGAUGAACCACGCCAUACACUUGUAUCUCCAGUUAACCAUUUGUAUAUGUAAAUACAUGGAAAUACCAUGAGCUGAAUAAAAUAUAUCAACAUUU